AUUCAGGUUGCGACGGACGCAGUUUUCGCAAACCAUUUUAUUUUUAAUUGAAUAUCAAAACCUGCUUCUAAAUAGAAUAAAAUAGACCUCUAAAUUUUAUUUUGGAGAAUGUCUUCAGCUAAAUCUUCACAUGAUGAUGACCAUCUGGAUUUCAUGAAACUAGAAAAAGAAGUAGUGAAUGCUGUGAUUAGUGAUGAAAAAUAUUGGCGUGAGAAUGAUGCUAAGAUAAGAGCUGUAGAACAAAGAGUGCCAACCUAUGAUGACUUCAGAGAAAUGGUGUUGGCAGCACACUUGAAACCACUAGAGAAAGAUGAUAGAAUCAGUUCUAUAAAAAACUUUACUCAAGUGUGGAAUCAAGUGGCAGAAAAAUUUCCUAAAUCGACAGAAUCAGAAAACUUACUUAGCAACAAUAUAAAUCAGACUUGUCAAAAUUUGCCAAAAUCUGGACAAGAAUUUGUGCAGCAUUGGAAGCGCUACUGCAAAACUUUGAUAGAUAAAAAGGCAUUUAUCUUUUCUGUUGGUCCAAAACGGGCAGAAGAAAUUUUUCAUACAGAAAUAAGUGGCGGACUAUUGGGAGAGUUUGUCGAGUGUUUUCUACCAGUUGAAGAUCAAGAUACAGAAAUGAUCGUUGGUUUGCUUGAGGCAUUUUCAAAAUCACAAAGGUUUUCAUUGUCUAUGACUUUUCUUAGCAAAAAAGAGAAGGAAUUUGUCAAGACAUUAUUUCAAGAAUUAAGCAAUAGACAAAUGGUGUUAGAGAAUGACAUUUUGAAAAGUAAAAUUUUGAAACUUCAAGAAAUUUUCUCUUAAAACAUAACCAUACCUCACACAUAACUAUUGUUGUUUUGAACUUAAUAAAGAAUUUCAGUUAAGGUUAUAUUUCUGAUUAAAUUCAAAU